GUCACACGAUUUAAUAUAGUUGAUUUUUCUGCUUGUUGACUUUGCACAAAAACAAAUUGCACCAAUUGGCCUGGGUUUUCGGCCGAACGGCUACUGUCGCCAUGAAGCUGCCGGUAACCUGUCGCACCUGCGACUCUACAGACACCGACAAUCUUCUGGAACUGACCACGCCCUCGAAAAAAUAUCCGGACAAGCUGAUCUCGGAUAUCUUAGCCGAGCUCACAGACAUCAAUGUGGAUGCCACUGCUGGACAGAAAGUGCCACAGGCCCUGUGCUUCGCUUGCACCAAAAAACUAAUGGGGGCUUAUUGCUACGUGAAGCAGGCGCUGGUCGCCCACGAAUUGCUGAUGAAGCACCUCAAAAGGGUGGCACCCGCCGUUAGUGCUACCGACUGCUUGCUGGAAGCUCCAAUGGAGAUAUGUGCCGAGCAGCACGUAAAGGUUAAGAUGGAGACAGAGGAAGAGGAGGACGUUAGCGCCAACGAUGUGAGAAUAGCUUGCUCAGAGUUAACCGAACCGGAUGAACAGGAUGUCGACAACAAGAAAUCUGUUGAUCCGCUGACCAUGAUAGAGUCGGUUAAGUUGGAGACAGACCCGUCUAGCGUGGACUACGUUGUGGAAGGAGCAUUCGUAACAGAUAUUGAGGAUGAAGAUUCCCUGGACAAUUUGCCGCUCUUCAAGCGAAUUGAAAAGUGGAAAGAAGGCAGAAAUACCUUGUUUAAGUGCCACGAUUGCCCCCGGAGUUUCAAGCAAUCAGAGUACUUAAAGAGACAUCAGACCCGUUUCCACAAGCCCGAGACGCAGUGGUUCGCAUGCUCCCUCUGCGUUCGCAAGUUUAGUAGCAGCGAAGCUUUAGAAGCACAUCUGAAAGUUCACAGAAACUCAAAGCGAUCUUCCAACGUAAGCGAGCACAAGAAGGCUAAGACUGUGGAUCUGAAUCUCUGCAAGCCACAUGGCUACAAGCUCAUCGAGUGUAUGAUUUGUCAGAGCCAGUACAAUAAGAUUGCGGAUCUGCGACGACAUUUGGAGGAGCACCCUGAUAUUGUCACUCUGAGCCUGCGUCCAAAUAUGGAGGCUAAUGAGCUGGCAGAACUGUUUUAUCCAGACUCCAAACACCUGGACGAGGAUCGUUUGAUUAAUUUAAUUCAAAAGGACCUUGCUGCCGGCAUUUACCAGCGCUUCUAUUCUAUUACCAAUCAAAGUGGGUAUGAAAUGGAUCUGGACAGCUCCGAGACGGAAAGCGAUUUGGAUGGAGAUCCGGAAGAUUCGCAUAGGCGAAAGAAGUACCGCAAGCCCAGCUACAUCUGUGAACUUUGUCAACAGAAAUUUCCCCGAAAAUAUCUUCUGUACGACCACCAACGACAGACUCAUAGUUGGUCAGAAGCGCCUCAUGUCUGCGGUCGGUGCGAUGGCCGUUUCGUGAGUCUCCAGCUGCUAAGGCAUCAUAACGAAUCGCAGUGCAGAAAUGCGCAGAAAAGGUUCUUGUGUCACAAGUGUCCGCUGCGCUUUCGUUGGAAACAUAAUCUGAAGGCACAUUUCCGGGAGCACAGGAUUACGAAUCAAACCUUCGAGUGCCCUGAAUGCAAGAGGGUCUUUGACAAGAAAAAGUCCCUUACUGUUCACCUGCUUAGUGUUCAUGCCGAGGAGUCGAAACUGAUUCCCUGUCAGUGGUGUAGUCGAAAAUUCUACCGUCAUGAUUAUUUGGUGAAGCAUCUAAAGAGGCACGGCCUCAAGGAGCAGGACAUUCCACUAGCCGAGACUCUGAUUGCCGCCACAUCGCGGCCGAACGGUACGAAGCGAAUCACCUGCCGCAUGUGUAACCUGCACUUUGAGCGCAUCGUGGAUCUUCGAGCUCAUAUCCAACUAGAACUAAAGCUAUCUCUGUCUCUGCAUCAAAGUUACGACUCCCCGCACAAUUAUUCCAUAACCAAUGAAUCUGGGUUCGAGCUACAAUUAGAGGAUUCGGAAACGGACGAUGAAAUACCAACAGGGUCUAGCAAUCGGCCCGUUUACGUGUGCGAGCUGUGCAGCGUUCAGUGCAAGCGGAGGUUUGAAAUGAUCCAACACCAGAGAACGAUGCACCGAUUUGAUAAAAUGCCACACGAGUGCGAUGGAUGCAUCUUUAAAUGUGUGUCCAAGAGCAUCAUGGAUCACCACCGUCUGGACCAGUGCAAUAGUUCGGAGAAGAAGCACAUAUGCAGCAAGUGCUCCUACAAAUUCAUGUGGCCUGAGAAUCUCGAACAACAUUUGCGCCUGCAGCACAGUAACACAACUAACAGCGAUUCCCCCGGUAUCAAGCCACAUAGUGCCCCCGGAGAUCUAGACAAGGAGGCGUCAGAGGAUGGUGUGCCGCUGCUGCAGUGCCCACAUUGCGACCGAACUUACCAGAUGAAGUCGCGACUCAACAACCAUAUCCGUGAUGUCCAUGUGAACGGCGAUCGUAAACGGAAGGAGGCAGUUAAGCGCUUCCUCUGUUCGCUGUGUGGUAUGGAAACCCAGUCCGCUGCAGCACUGGUGACCCACAUGCGCCGGCACACCGGCGAAAAGCCCUUUAAAUGCGAUCUGUGUGAGAUGGCUUUUCCCCGUCAUUCAGAACUAGCAUCGCAUCGUCGGAUGCACACCGGCGAGAAGCCAUUCCAUUGCACAGUUUGCGGCAAGGACUUUGCCCGCUCUGAUAAGCUGAAGCGCCACAUGCUCACUCACAGUGGCCUCAAACCGCACAAGUGCACGUACUGCGAGAAGAGCUAUCGACAGGCCAAGGACCUUAAGCUGCACUUGCAGCAGCACACAGGCGAAUGCCCUUUCGUGUGUGGGACCUGUGGCGAGCGCUUCAUACAGAGCAGCACAUUGGAAAAACAUCGUCUGAUGCGAAGACACUUCGACGAGGGAGAAGCGUGGAUUAGAAGUCAGAAGUAGGGGAUUUACAAAAGUAAAUAAAAGUUGGGUUUAGUUAAUGAAA